CACAAGAGUCUAGGAAAAACUUCCUGGCCAAGAAGAGCUGUGGGAAUUCACCACCAGCUCGUUUGGGGAAACCAUCCGAAGACAGCAAGAUGUUUCUCGUUCUCUUGUACUUCGCUUUGCCCUUAGUAGAUGUACUUUUGUCUGCAGAAGUGAGCGGGCUGCCUGGAGGGGAGCGCCUGGACUGCGUGAAAGCCAGCGAUCAGUGUCUGAAGGAGCAGAGCUGUAGUACUAAAUUCAGGACACUGAGGCAGUGUGUAGCCGGCAAAGAGAGCAACUUCAGCCGGGCCACGGGCCUGGAGGCGAAGGACGAAUGCAGAAGCGCCAUGGAAGCUCUCAAGCAGAAAUCGCUGUACAAUUGUCGCUGCAAGAGGGGCAUGAAGAAGGAGAAGAACUGCCUGCGCAUUUACUGGAGCAUGUACCAGAGCUUGCAGGGAAAUGACUUGCUUGAAGAUUCCCCUUAUGAGCCAGUUAACAGCAGACUAUCAGACAUAUUCAGACUAGCACCAAUUGUAUCAGUGGAGCCAGUACUUUCAAAGGGGAACAAUUGCUUGGAUGCAGCCAAAGCUUGUAACCUAAAUGAUACCUGCAAGAGGUUCAGAUCUGCUUACAUAACCCCCUGCACCAGCAGCACGUCUAAUGAAAUCUGUAACAAGCGGAAGUGUCAUAAGGCCCUCCGGCUAUUUUUUGACAAGGUCCCCCCAAAGCACAGCUACGGGAUGCUCUUCUGCUCCUGUCGAGACGUAGCCUGUACAGAAAGGAGGCGACAGACUAUUGUUCCUGUGUGUUCAUAUGAGGACAGGGAGAAACCAAACUGCCUGAAUUUACAAGAGUCCUGCAAGAAGAAUUACAUCUGCAGAUCUCGCCUUGCAGAUUUCUUCACAAACUGCCAGCCUGAGUCACGCUCUGUUAGCAGCUGUCUGAAGGAGAACUACGCUGACUGCCUGCUCGCUUACUCGGGGCUCAUUGGCACGGUGAUGACACCAAACUACAUCGACUCCAACAGCCUCAGCGUGGCCCCGUGGUGCGACUGCAGCAACAGUGGCAACGACAUAGAUGAGUGCCAGAAAUUUCUGAAUUUCUUCCAGGACAACAUAUGCCUUAAAAAUGCAAUUCAGGCCUUUGGCAAUGGCACUGAUGUGAAUGUCUGGCAGCCAAUCUUACCAGUACAGACCACUACAGCCACAACUACAACAGUUUCCAGACUUAAAAACACAGGGUCAGAGACCACCAACAACGAAAUACCUUCCCACAAUGAUUCACCAGCAUGUGCAAACCUGCAGGCACAGAAGAAGCGAAAAUCCAAUGAAUCUGCAGAUACAGAGCUCUGUCUUAAUGAGAACGCUCUCGGGAAGGACAACACAGCGGGAGUCUCCACCAGUCACAUAUCCGCGGAGAAUUCCCUGGCUCAUCCCACCAGCUUCUAUCUAAGCACACAGCUCACCCUGAUGGCACUUGCACUCUCACUCACUUUGUCCCUGAGCUCAUCAGUCUUGUAG